CUCUUACUCCAACUCCCUGGCAGCUCCUCAAAGACGGCAGUUGUGGAGCGGGUACCGUUGACCUAGAUCCAUUCCGACACCCUGCGUUCCCACCUGUUGUCCAGCUCACCACAGGAAGAACAAGAGUAAACAACCUGGGUGGAAAGACAAGAUCUGUGGGUGAAGAUGACAAGGAGGUGGAGGAGACAGAAAUGUUGGUUCAGACUAUCCCAGAAAAAUGGCAGAUGGCAUCAACACCAGGGAGGAAGGACAAUCUAGUUCAUAAUUGGCACAACCAAUCCAAUCACCAUUCGGUAAGUAUUUCCCAGCCCAGCAAACUGGAGGAAAACAGGAAGAGCUGCUGUGGACGUGGUGGAGAACGUCGCAGAUCAACAAGAAUGCAGCCGACCCUAGGACUGUGGUUAUUUCUCAGUGGGCAUCUGGUUGCUAACCACAGCCAAGCCCAACAUGACUUUAGAGCCAAAAGGACCACUGACUACCAUUUCCAAGGCUCUGGUCUUCAGGGAAAAACCCAAAUCAUCCACAAAAUAAUAGCUACCAACACUGAAUUUGCAUUCAGUCUGUACAGGCUGUUGGCCACCGAUACCCCGGAUAAGAAUAUUUUCUUCUCUCCGCUGAGCAUCUCCACAGCCUUUGCCAUGCUGUCUCUGGGGGCCAGGUCCACCACCCAGAUGCAGAUACUGGAGGGUCUUGGCUUUAACCUCAACAAGAUCACAGAGAAUGAAAUCCAUGAGGGCUUCAAAAGUCUCAUCCACACUGUGAAUCUUCCAAGUGAUGAGCUACAGAUGAAUAUGGGUAAUACACUGUUCAUACGGAAGCAGCUGAACUUGUGGCAGAAAUUUCUGGGUGAAGCCCACAGGCUGUACUCUUCAAAAGCUUUCCCUACCAACUUCCAGGACACCACACAGGCAGAGAAGCACAUCAACGAUUACGUGGCAAAUAAGACCCGGGGAAGGAUCAUGGAUAUUGUUAAGGGACUCAAUUCUAGAACUGCAAUGGUGCUUGUGAGUUACGUUUUCUUUAAAGCCAAGUGGGUGAUGCCCUUUGACCCCAAAGACACGCGGGAGCAAAAAUUCUACCCAGCUAACAACGUGGUUCUUAAAGUCCCCAUGAUGAUCCAACAAGGAUACCAUCGUUUUCUCCAGGAUACGAAACUGGCCUGUUCAGUCUUGGAAAUGAAAUACAAACAUAGGACUUCGGCCUUGUUCAUUCUCCCUCAUGAAGGGAAAAUACAGCAGGUGGAAAAUGCCCUCUCAGGAGCUACACUGAUACAGUGGAAUAGAUUACUCAAGAUAAGGCCAAUGGAGUUGCAUUUUCCAAGGUUUUCCAUGACUGAAAAUUAUGAACUGAAGAGGAUACUUAUCAAAUUGGGCAUUGAUGAUGUAUUCACUGUGCAGGCUGAUCUUUCCAAAAUCACUGGAAGACCAAAUCUGAAGCUUUCAAAAGUGUUUCACAAAGCCCUUCUGAAUGUGAGCGAGGAGGGCACAGAAGCGGCAGCAGACACAGUCAUAAAAAUACCCUUGGUUUUACCAGAAUUUUUUCCUAUUGAGGUUGUUUGCUUCAACAGGCCCUUCCUGGUGAUCAUUUUGGACACGCUCACUGGGAGCAUUCUCUUCCUGGGAAAAGUUGUCGACCCAUAUGAUACAACAAUCCUCCAAUUGGAUCUUUGAAAUGUCCAGAGGACAUGACAUAAUGCAGUUCCUGGGGUCCCAAAUUCUAAUCCCAGGUCUGCUACCGAUUUGCUGGGUAAACCCAUCAGAAUUGCUGGCCCUCUCUGAGCUCCCAGUUCCCUCAUGGGUCCAAAUGGCUCUGAGCUGCAUAGAGGGUUGGUUCUGGGGGUUGACAGGUUUGAUUAUUUGGGAAAUUAUUUUCAUGUGCUUAGAAAUUCUAAACAAGUCAUUACUGAAAUAAAUUAGCCUCAUGUGUAGUUUUGGGGCACCUUCCUUUCUGUUUAA